GGGGAAAUUAUAAAAAAGCUGGAAAAAGUUGAUAGUAUGAGUUUGGGAUUAGAACAUUUUUUUCGUGAAUUGGGAGAAAUAUAUGAAAUUGCGCUUACAAAUUCAAACCACACUACUCAAAGUGUUCUGAAGUACGCAGAACUUUAUGCUGAAUUGCUUAUUAAUGGUCAUGCCAUUGAAUUACUUGAUGGUGACGCUGGAAAUAUGUCAGGCACUUGGCUGUCAGCAAUUUGUAACGAAGUCAUUAAGCGAUUCCCUAAGCUGCAGGUAUUUGUAAUUUCUAUACUUGGACUCCAGUCAUCUGGAAAGUCUACUCUUUUGAAUGCUCUUUUUGCAAGCAAGUUUGCGGUGUCAGUUGGUCGUUGCACUCGAGGUCUUUUUAUGAGGCUAGUGUUCUUAGAAAAAAAACUCUGUGAAGAACUUAAAGUAGAUGCCAUCUUGAUAAUUGAUACAGAGGGUCUUGGAGCUCCAGAGAAAGUCAAUGAUCCAGAAGCAGAUCGCAAAGACCGCCUACUUGCAACAUUUGCAAUGGGUGUCAGCAACUUAACACUCAUCAAUAUAUUUGGAGAAUAUAUGCGAGACUUAACUGAAAUCUUACAAAUAGCAAUCAUUGCAAUGGCACGUUUAGAAAAGGCUCAAAUGGCUCCAGAUAUCUUUAUAGUGCAACAUCUCACAGAGAAAGAUACAUCGAAAACUGCCAGUAGUAUAGAUCAAUUUUGUGAAGCACUUCAGAAGGCGUUGGAAGUUACAGACAAAAAAGAUAUUGAGAUGGGAAUUGCAAAUUCGAAAUGUUUAAAUAACCUGAACGAUCGAAUACAAAAAGGAGAACUCCUCAAACAAUUUCACCCAUUCAAAAAUGGUGCAA